CAAGUUAAGGUACUGAAUAGCGGGUUACUCUUACUGGGUAGUGGACUAGUGGUUACUUAACUUAACUACAAGUACUGAAAACCGAGUAGCAACUACAUUGCAAAUAAAAUGUCGUCCAAGUAUUUUAUGACAUUCAGUCGUAUACUUCAAUUGAGAAAACAAACAAAAACGACGAUGUCAACCAAAUUGGACUUCAUACCAAGGCACAAUAAUCCUGAUGUAUUUGGCACACUGAAUAAACAGCAGUCCCGGAAAGAGGCUGAAGAAAUGCCUGAAGAAAAGGGAGACAAGGAAGAAGUUGACUUUAUCGAUAAUAUCGAUGGAAAAGUGAGACUCAAACCCAUAGAAUAUGCCAAAAUAAUUAAACAGCAUCUUAAUUCAAAAGACCUUGUAAGCGCAAUUAACGUUUUGGAAACAAGAAUGCUUCAAAAGGAAAACGCUAAACCAGAUAAAUAUAUUUACAAUCUACUUAUUAGUGGAUGCGCACAACUUGGCUAUACAAAAAAAGCUUUUCAACUUUUUAAUCAAAUGAAAAAAAGAGGAGUUAAUGAAUCAGCUAGCACUUACACAUCAUUGUUUAACGCUUGUGCCAAUGACCCUUGGCCAAAAGAUGGAUUAGAAGCAGCUUUGCAUUUAAAAGACCUUAUGAAACGUAAAGGUUAUCAAAUAAAUGAAGUUAACGCUAAUGCAAUGAUUAAAGCUUUCGGAAGGUGUGGUGAUAUACAAAUGGCUUUUACGAUAGUUGAUGAGAUGAAACAAAACAAUUUAAAAAUCACAACCACCACUAUUAAUUUCUUACUACAAGCCUGCGCUUCUGAUGUUAAAUCAGGACUUCGGCAUGCAUUAAUAGUUUGGAGGAAAUUAAUCAAGCUGAAAAUAAAGCCUAAUUUAUACACUUAUAAUCUACUUUUGAGAUGCACAAGGGAUUGCCAAUUGGGAAAACCGAGUGAAGUUAAGGAAGCACUACAGGAAUAUCUCCCUAAUGACAAAUUGAGUUUCUUAAUAGUGAGGGAGGAAAAUCAAUUCAAAAAUAUUGAGUCUUCUUUUAAUAAUUCAGAUGACUCAUGUAAUUUAGUACCACUUAAUGAAACGAAUACAUUGACAGCAAACUUACUUGCAAUUGAACCACAAUUCUCAACUUUAAUAUAUGUAGAUAAGAUUGAAAAAAAUUGGCACAAGUUGAUGUUAUUCGGUGGUGCACAAGGUUUUCUAGAGAUUAUGGCUCAUUCUAAAAUAAAACCUGAUGUCAAAACAUUUACUCAACUUCUAUCUUUGAUACCUGCAUCCAGAGAUGCAGAACAAUUUCUUAUUGAAGAAAUGAAAAAAUCAAAUGUCAAAAUGGAUAUUGAUUUUUGCAACAUGCUCAUUAAAAAGAGAAAUAUGGAAAAUCAGUUUCCAGCCGGUAGAGAAGUACUCAAGAUUAUAGCUAGUGAAAAACUAGUUCCAAAUACUAUAACCUUUGGAGUUUUGGCCCUCGGUUGUAGAAGAUUAUCAGAAGCCAAGGAACUAUUGGAAGGGAUGAAAGAAUUGGGAAUACCGGUCAACGUUGAAAUUCUAGGCACUUUGGUCCACUGCGGCUGUGAAGCUUGGAAUUUAAAAAUGAUAAUUUAUUUAGUUGGCAUUCUCUUGAGAGAAAAAAUCAAACCCAACAACAUUUUCAUGCGUCACGUAAAUUCGCUUCACUAUAAAAUAAAUGAACAAAUUAAAUUGAAAGAAAGCGGAGUUGAAGUAAAUCUAAAAUUCAAUAAUAAAGAUUUCUUACAAGACUAUAGAAAAUUUGUCGAUGUUGUUAACCACUUGAACACAUUAGAAAUAGAAGAUCCAGAAAACAUGCAUCCUUGGAAGCAAUUCAAAAACGAAAGUGAUGUGACUACAUGAAUUAUUUGAUAAUUCAAAUUAUACAUUUUGUUUUUAGAAUAAUUAACACAAAAAGAUUUGUGAAAAAUUAUAA